AUGGGGCUUUUGGAAUGGGAUACGGCGGAGGAUAUGGCCCCGGUUAUGGUCAUGGCCAUCAUGGUGGUGGCGGAUGGGGUGGUCCGUCAGGUGGAGGAUACGGGGGAUACGGCAGAUACGGCGGCGGGCCUGGUCGGCCUGGUUAUGGAGGAGGAGGCGGCUUUGGUGGUGGGCGGUCUGGUUUUGGCCCUGGAGGGGGACGGCGACAUGGUCGACGCUGUUAGAAAGCGGGGAUAG